AUGCGUCACUUAAUCAAAUGUCCUCUCUCUUUCUCUGGGCAACCACUUUUCUUUCUUCCUCGUCAUCUCCGUUUUUCUGUGUUCAUCAGACCAGUUCUUUAUCUACUGCAUCUUAUUUAUCUAAUGCGUCUUCCUGUGUGUUUGUUUUCAUCCUCUUCUCAUGAAUUUGACUCAGUAUAUCUCUUUCUUUCCGUUUUUCUUCUAAUGAUUCUCUCUCGAACUAUGACCAUUUCCCGCUCGUUCUUCAAAACAAUCGAACAUAUCUGCAUCUAUGCAAUGUUUGGAAACAGAAUUGUUUACAUUCAUACGUCUGUUUCCUCUCUAUUCACAACCUUAUCUCGAAGUUAUACUUUUAUUUACUUUGUCGUAUUAUUAAUCAUUCUAUUUCUUCAUUUCUGUCAGUUACGCCAUUUUACCGGUAUUUUUUUUCUUUACUCGGAGGAAUCUUUAUUUUUUUUCCCUUUCUCUCUUAGUUUUCUUUCUGUUAAUUCCCGGACAUCUUGCUUCGCCAUUCGCUCGACCUCCCUUGGAAAUUGCUUUCGGGCAAAAACAUCUAAAACCAAUUUUUUUUUUUUAUCUAACUAUCUAUCUAUCUAUCACGGUAUUUUCUUAUCUAUCUAUAUCUCUAUUUUUCUCAGUCUUUCCUUAUAUCGCUCUCUAUAUCAAUCUAUCUCAGUAAUUUCUUAUCUGUCACAUUUUCUCACAUAUCUAUCUAUCUAUCUAUCUAUCUAUCUAUCUAUCUAUCUAUCUCUCUUUCUCUCUUUAUAUAUAUAUCAGCAUUUUCUAUUCUCUUUCUUUUCUUUCUGUCUGUCUAUCUAUCUAUCUAUCUAUCUAUCUAUCUAUCUAUCUAUCUAUCUGCGUGACAGUAGUGGGUAA